AUGGAGGUACUGAGAGAGUCUUUUCUGCAUUUGACUUUUCAGAUGUCAACGUAUAAGAGAGCCACGCUGGAUGAGGAGGACCUGGUGGACGACGUCUACCCAUCAUCGCCCAUGCAGGUGACUCUAUUGCACGGCCGUGGGCCCACAUGUUGGCCAGACAGGACACAGAGAGAGAGGAGGCUGCUGUUUUUGCUGUGCGUCGUGUCUGCGGGCCUGUUUAUAUCUCUCAUCACGACUGGGGUCUUCUACAAACAGACUCACCCGGGCUUGUGCCUAACCGAGGCGUGCAUCACUGUGGCCAGUGCGGUGGUGGGAGCCCUGGACCGAUCCGUAGACCCCUGCCAUGACUUCUACAACUUUGCCUGUGGGGGCUGGGUGAAGAACAACCCCCUCCCUGAGGGCAAGUCUCGCUGGGGACCUUUCAGCAACCUCUGGGAGCACAACAUGCUUGUAAUGAAGCAUUUAUUAGAAAACACAACGAUGAAAGGUCUGAGUAAGGCUGAGGAAAAGGCCCAGCGAUAUUAUCAGGCCUGCAUGAAUGAGGCCAAGAUUGAGGAAUUAGGAGCUAAGCCACUGCAGGAGCUAAUCAACCAGAUAGGAGGGUGGGCCCUGACCCAACCCUGGGACAAGGACAACUUCCAGGAGGUUUUGCGUAUGGUGUCAGCCAACUAUCGCACCUCGCCUUUCUUCACUGUGUUUGUCAGCACUGACUCCAAAAACUCAAACAGCAACAUCAUCCAGGUGGAUCAGUCCAGCCUGGGGCUUCCUUCACGGGAUUACUACCUCAACAAAACGGCAAAUGAAAAGUAUCUGACGGCAUACCUCAACUUCCUGACGGAGUUAGGGGUUCUCCUGGGCGGCUCAGAGGAGACGUCUCGGACGCUGAUGGAGGAGAUCGUGGACUUUGAAACCACCCUGGCCAACAUCACAGUCCCACAGGACGAGAGAAGAGACGAGGAGCUCAUUUACCACAAGAUGGAGGCCAAGGAUCUGACAACUCUGGUUCCUGCGGUGGACUGGAUGCCGUACCUCACAGAAGUGUUUGCUCCCGUGCCGCUCAAUGAGUCUGAGCCGGUGGUUGUUUAUGCCAAAGAAUACCUCCAGCAAGUUUCUGACCUCAUAACUAAAACAAAUAAAAGCCUACUCAACAACUACAUGAUAAUGAAGGUGGUGAGGAAGAUUGUCUCCAUUUUGGACCAACGGUUCCAGGAUGCAGAGCAGCGCUUCCUUGAAGUCAUGUACGGAACCAAGAAGAGCUGCACUCCACGCUGGAAGCUGUGCGUCAGCGACACAGACAGCGCCCUGGGCUUUGCUCUAGGAGCCAUGUUUGUCAAAGCCACCUUUGCCGAGGACAGCAAGGCCACUGCUGAGAAUAUGGUUGCAGAGAUUAAAUGGGCGUUUGAGGACAGCUUGAAGUAUGUGAGCUGGAUGGACUCAGAGACGAAAAAAGCAGCAAAAGAAAAGGCAGAUGCGAUAUACAACAUGGUUGGAUAUCCAGAGUUCAUCAUGAACGCCACAAAGCUGGACAAAGUGUUCAAUGAUUUCGAGGUGGUGUCAGAUCUUAACUUUCAAAAUGUCAUGCAGUACUACAACUUCUCAGCCAGAGUGACCGCGGACCAGCUGAGGAAAACCCCCAACAGAAACCAGUGGAGCAUGACCCCUCCGACUGUGAAUGCAUAUUACAACCCAACCAAGAAUGAGAUGGUUCUACCUGCAGGAAUUCUUCAGGCUCCGUUUUACAGCCAUUCCUGGCCUAAAGCUCUUAACUUCGGUGGAAUUGGAGUGGUCAUGGGCCAUGAACUGACUCAUGCUUUUGAUGACCAAGGGAGGGAAUACGACAAGGAGGGAAACCUGCGUCCCUGGUGGAAGAACUCGUCUGUGGAGGCCUUCAAGAAGCAGACGCAGUGCAUGGUGGAGCAGUACGGAAAUUACAGCAUCAACCAGGAGCCUCUGAAUGGAAAACACACUCUGGGAGAGAACAUCGCUGACAACGGUGGACUCAAGGCCGCAUACAAGGCCUAUGCGAACUGGAUCAAAACGAACGGCGAGGAGGCCACGCUGCCCGCCCUGGGAAUGACGAACCAUCAGCUGUUUUUUGUAGGAUUUGCCCAGGUAUGGUGCUCUGUCAGGACACCUGAAAGCUCACAUGAGGGCGUCAUCACAGAUCCUCACAGUCCAUCAAGAUUUAGAGUCAUCGGCACCAUCUCCAACUCACGCGAAUUCUCAAGCCACUUUGGCUGCAAAGCAGAUGCUCCCAUGAACCCUAAACAUAAGUGUGAGCUUUGGUGA